AGACUUCCCGACGGGCCAAAGGGACCAGAGGCGGAGGAGCCACCGCCCGCGCAGGGACCCACGGGAGCAGCCCCCCUCCCCCCAGGGGGGACAGUAAGACAACGGAGGCCAGCAGCGAGGACCGCGGGGAGUGAAGAGCUCCCCAGGCCCCGCCCUGCCCGGUAGCGAGCCUCUCUGCUCGCGGUGGACUCUGGACAGGAGAGCGCGCGCACGGCUAUAGGAACCCUCGGGCUCUGCGACAGAAACUCAAUCCCCUCGCCGAGGGCAGUGCCCAACAGGAAGCGGAGGAUGUGCAGGGCGCAUGCGCGCUCUAGGCUCUGCCCCCUUCGGCGGCCCGUUCUUCCCCCAAUCCCCCCAUUAGGCCCGGGACGUCCAGACUGCGCCUGCGUUGGCGUGCGGAGCUGUCCGACAGAAAAUCCCAGAGGCCUCCGCGCGGAUCUCGGCCUUUGUACCCGGCCGCGGGCCGAGCUCCGGGCGCGCAGGCGCAAAUCCACCGGGGCAAGGGAGCGGGAAGCUGCCACGGCUGGAGUUUCCAGAGUUGCGAGAGGGAGCGGAGGCCUCAUGUCUCUGAACCUGGUUCUUCCCCCUGAGGGCCUGGAGGAGGAGGAGGAGGAGGAGGACGAAGCAGUCCGCCAGGCCGCCGUGUCCUUCCGGGACGUGGUCGUGGACUUCACCGAGGAGGAAUGGGGGCGCCUGAGCCCGGCGCAGUGGCAGCUCUACAAGGAGGUGAUGCUGGAGAACUACCGGAACCUCGUGUCCCUGGGGCUAAUAGAGGACAAACCAGGCCUGAUCUUCCGGCUGGAACAAGGGGAAGAACCACCUGCCUCAGACACGCAGGGAGAGGCCCCAAAGAGCCCCCACACCUGGGAAGGAGAGGCUUCUGCUGGGCAUCCAGGAGCCCCUGGGUGCCCCAGCCCAGCUGGGCCCUCAGCCUGGGAUACUAGAAUUACAAGCCAGGAAGAGUCACAUCUUGAACAAGCAGAACAAGGACUACCAGAAACUUUAGUGGAAAGCCCCAGGAGGGAUCUUAUUCGACAGAUCCCUGAAUUUUGGGAAAGUCCUAUCCAGGAGAUCAUAUUACGGACACAAAUAGGAAACUGUGUUGGGGAGACUCCACAGAAACAGUCUUGGGAGAGUCCUAUUCAAGACCACUCAUUAUGGAAACAAAUAGGAAACUUUGCCAGAAAGUCUCCAAGGAAACAAUUCUGGGAGGGGCCUGUCCAAGAUAUAGCAUUAUGGAAACAAAUGGGAAACCUUGCAGGAGAGACACCAAGGAAACAAUUUUGGGAAAGUCCUAUCCAAGAUAUCUCUUUAUGGAAACAAAUAGGAAACCUUACAGGAGAGAAUCCAAGGAAACAAUUUUGGGAGAGUCCUGUCCAAGAUAGCUCUUUAUGGAAACAAAUGGGAAACCUUACAGGAGAAACUUCAAGGAAAUUCCUUUUUCAGGAAAAGGGUUUCCAUGACUCAACUGUCCUCUACAAGAAAAAUCCCACUGAACAGGGAGACUAUGAAAGCACUGACUUUAGUAAAAGCUUUAAUCAGAACAUUCCCAAGCACAAAACAUCAUGGGAUUAUAAUGAAUAUGGGAAUCUCCCCCAUUACUACACACUUUUUAAUCCGUAUCAGAGAAAUGAACCAUGUGACUUGAAAGGUGGACAGGAUUUCAGCAAGAAUUCAUUUCUUAUUCAAAAUCAGAGAAUUUGUGCUGAAGAUAAACCUUAUCAAAGUGAAGGAUGUGAGAAGGCUUUCACCAACUAUUCAGACAUUAUUAAUCAUGAAAGAACUCAUGGUGGAGAGAAACAUUACAAGUAUAAGCAACGUGGAACAACUUUUAUGUGGAGCUCAGUUCUUACCGAACACCAGAAAAUUCAAAUUUGUGACAAACCCUAUGAAUAUAAGGAUUUUAGGGAGGUCUUUGGCCAGAAUUCAGACAUUACUAAAUAUGAAGGAAUUCAUAGUGGAAAGAAACCAUCUGAGUAUAAUGACUGUGGGACAGCCUUUAUUUGGCACUCGGACCUUAUGGAACAUCAGAGAAUUCUCACUAGUGAGAAACCUUAUGUUUGUAAGGUAUGUGGAAAAGCCUUUAGCCAGAACUCAUCCCUUACUCAACACUUCAGAAUUCAUACUGGAGAGAAACCUUAUAAAUGUAAAGACUGUGGCAAAGCCUUCAGGCAAAACUCACAUCUUGUUCGACACCAGCUAAUUCACACUAGAGAAAAACCUUAUGAAUGCCAGGAGUGUGGGAAGGCCUUUAGUCAGAGCUCAGAUAUCAUAUAUCAUGGAAGAAGUCAUGAUGGAGGGAUUUAUUACAAGUGUGGGCAAUGUGGAAAGGCCUUUACAUGGAGUGCCAUUCUUACUGAACAGCAGAAAAUUCACUCUUUUGAAAAAUCCUAUAAAUAUAAGGAGUUUGGAGUGGCCUUCAACCAGACCUCAAACAUUAUUAAAUAUGAAGGAAUUCAUAGUGGAAAGAAACCAUUUGAGUGUAAAGACUGUGGGGCAGCCUUCAGUUGGCACUCAAACCUCUUGGAACAUCAGAGAACACACACAGGUGAGAAACCUUAUGAAUGUAAGGUAUGUAGGAAAGCCUUCAGUCAGAGCUCAUCCCUUACUCAGCACUUCAGAAUUCAUACUGGAGAGAAACCUUAUAAAUGUAAAGACUGUGGCAAGGCCUUCAGACAGAACUCGCAUCUUAUUCGACAUCAACUGAUUCACACUAGAGAGAAACCUUAUGAAUGCAAGGAAUGUGGAAAGGCCUUCAGCCAGAGCUCAGACAUUAUUAAACAUGAAAGAAUUCAUAGUGGAAAGAAACCAUAUGAGUGUAAGGAGUGUGGGGCAGCCUUCAGUUGGCGCUCAUACCUCAUUCAACAUCAGAGAACUCACACAGUUGAGAAACCUUAUGAAUGCAAGGAAUGUGGGAAGGCCUUUAGCCAGAGCUCAUCCCUUAUUCAGCAUCACAGAAUUCAUACUGGUGAGAAACCUUAUGAAUGUAAAGAAUGUGGGAAGGCUUUUAGUCAGAGAUCAUCCCUUAUUCAACAUCAUAGAAUUCAUACAGGAGAGAAACCUUACAAAUGUAAGGAUUGUGGGGCAGUGUUCAGUGGGCAUUCAGGCCUUAUCCAACAUGAGAGGAUUCACACUGGUGAGAAACCUUAUGAAUGUAAGGAAUGUGGAAAAGCCUUUAGGCAGAGCUCAGCCCUCAUACAUCAUCAGAUAAUUCAUACUGGAGAAAAACCUUACAAAUGUAAAGACUGUGGGAAGGCUUUCCGCUGGAAUGCAGUUUUUAUUGAACAUCAGAAAAUCCACACUGGAGAGAUACCUUACGAAUGUAAAGAAUGUGGCAAGGCCUUCAUCCAGAGAGCAGCACUUACCCAUCAUCAGAGAAUUCAUACUGGAGAGAAGCCUUACAGAUGUAAGCAGUGUGGGAAGGCCUUCAUCCAGAGAUCAUCCCUUACCCAUCAUCAGAGAAUUCAUACUGGAGAGAAGCCUUACAAAUGCAAGCAGUGUGGGAAGGCUUUUAUCCAGAGAUCAGACCUGACACGACAUCACAUAAUUCAUACUGGAGAGAAACCUUAUGAAUGAAAGAAUUUGGGAAAGCUUUCCUCUAGACCUUGGCCCUUGUUAAAUACCAAUAAAGCUAUACUGGAGGGGGAAAAAUUGAGUGUAAGGAUCAAGGAAAAGAUUUCAGUUGGGUCUUGGCCUUUGUAGGAUGCAAAUUAAUUCAUGGUAUAUGAACCUGAUUGUGGAAACAUCCUUUUUAUUCAACUGAAAAUAUUAAGAAAUCAUAUUCCUUCCAGUCUAAAGCUCUUUUAACACUUUUCCCUUUAGAAAAGAAGCUUAGGUCUUGGGAAUGGGGAUUAAGGAUAGUAACCAAACUUAGAACGAAGAAAUACCUGUUAGUGAGUUGAAAUCCUUGCCUUCCUCAUCCUUUAAGUGACUGGUGCUAUGACCCACUCAAGGGCAGUGACCUCUUUUCCAUUUAAGGAUUAAGAUAUUGAACAUAGGUAGGAAGCCCUUUCCAUUCUUUACUGGAAGUGGUCAAGGAAGGAAUAUAGUAAUUUUAGUUGAGGUGUAAGUGACUAUUGUUCUAGAAUGUUGACUUCCUCCACCAAAAAAACCACCCCAACAACCUUUUUUAAAAAAAAUUGUAACUUUUUUCUUAUUCAAUAUUCCUAUAAAUGUUACCUCAAAAUUAUCUUGGGGUAGAGAGAUGUCCUGGGAAUUACAUCAGUGUGGACAUCUCUCUUUCCAAGAUAGAAAUACUUGGAUUUACAAUACUGUUUAAUAAAAUUGGUUCUGGCAAUCUUGUGCCUAAAUAAAAA